AUGAGCACCAAGGCCCCAACCACACUCCAGGAGCUGACAAUGCAGUUCCUAGUAAGGAACCAAGCAGUGGCUGUUUCUUCUAUAGACAGCUUGCCAGUGGACUCCUUCCUUCAGCUCUUCAAGAAGGCCUUUGCCUACAGAAGCACAGAGAUCCUGAAUGCCAUGGUGCAGGGUCUGGGCCUUGCCCUGCCUCCCUCUGGGAGCACUCAUGAAGACAUGGACCUGAAGGACUUAGAGGUUGCCCUAGAUUUGAUUAAUAUGCUGUGGCGCCAGAAGGUUCACAACAGGAGGUGCAAUCUGCAAGUGCUGAAUUUACAGAAUGAGCAACAGGAUGUCUGGACCAUGGGCUACAUGGCCAUGGCCAGUGCCUGCUCUGCAGAGGACAUUCCUGAGCAGGGAGCAGCAAAUCCUUGUGCAGGGAUGGUAGCGAAGCAGCCCGUGAAGGUGUUUGUAGACAUCUGUAUCCAAGAAAAGGAUGAUAUCCUCAAAGAUAAAUUCCUAGCCCACCUCCUGAGGUGGGUCAAGAAGAUAAAACAUUUAGAAAAGUUGUACUGUGAAAACCUACAGAUGAAUAUGCCCCACGUAUGGGAAAAUAGAGGAAGCUACUUAAUUCCGAAUGUUCUGCAGGUCCACAUCCAGGAGCUGUACAUGGUGCACUACUGGAAUUGGAAGACCACAAAGACAGUUGUUCAUUAUGUGGAGAGAGUGGCCAGCACCUUGGAGAGACUGCUUUUGGAGGAGUGUGAGGUCACCAACUCCCAGCUUGAUGCCAUCCUGCCUGCCCUAAGCAGCUGCUCCCAGCUCACCAUGUUCAGUUUCUUUGGGAACCGCAUCUCUAUGGCCAUCCUGGAGAACCUGCUGAGACACACUGCCAGGCUGAGUCAGUUAAGCUUUGCACGAUAUCUUGCCCGUCUGGAAAGCUAUGACCCUGAUUGGGUAAUCGACAGUGAGAGAUUUGCCCAUUUUUGA